CAGAUUUCGACCACCCUGCCAUCUACGCUCCACGCAGCUUUUGAACAAUCCGAUACCCCCUCUGUUCACAUUUCCCGUUCUCAACCAACCUCUGCUACGUAAUAAUACUAAUCCGUCCUCUGCAUCCUUCAUUCCGGAGAUACCCAGCGACGCGAUUGUCCAUCCCUUGUUGUCACUUGUCGGCCCCAAGACCGUCGCUUUUGUCUGCUUAUCAUCUUCACAUUGUGUACUCUAUCUUGCUUUGUUUGAAUUUCGGUCUGCCUUGCCGAAUUCUCACCCCGGAUCUUGGCCAGACGCCCUAUCCAAGUGGCUAGUGGUCCUUUGCGACAUCCCACCUCUCUACAUCCGAGUAAUUGAACUGUUCUCGCCGCAAUGCCUUCCAAAGCGGUCAAUUAUCCUUUGAACACCCAGCAAAAGGAGCAGGACAUCAACCAAAAGCUCCAGCUUUAUGGGAUCUAUCAAGCCUUCAAAAAUGGCAAGCUUCCAUCGAACAAACAAUGUGACGUUGCUUUGAACAGUGCUCUCACCUCCAAAGCCCUCACAUCGCCGUCCCAGGAACUUUCCGGUGAAGGCCAGGCUCUGGUCAAAGAUCUCCGAGAUGUUAUUGAACAAGCAAAGAGGCUUAUGCUAAGCAAGAACGAAGGCCAGCUCUUGCAGGAAUUUAUUUGGGAGGCACAGACCAUCUCCUCUGGGGAUACCGAGAAGCCAGGUGUGCCUGUAUCCAAGGACUCGGCCCAGCAAGAUGCGCAGGAAACCUUGGAGGGUCUAAAGACUCUUGGAAGGCUUCUGAUCACCAAUGGGGAAUUCCGAAAGCUGCUAAACGAUGCUAUGACCCUUGCACGUGAUAUGGCUGGCGAUGUUUCCCAAAAGGCUGCGGACCGGGUUAGGCCAUCGGCGGACCAGCUUGCUCAGAUUGACGAACCAGCCGAGGAGAAUGUAUGGCAUGAGCAGCCUGAUUUCUCAAAGCACAAGGAGCAAUUCAGAGCUCGUUUCAAGAGAAACAAAGACGAGGGUAAACAGGAAGUUGCCGAUACCACGGCCCAGGCUGCCACUGGUGGCCGAGAACCCACGUCAGUGUCAGAUGUUGACGCGCGUGCUGGUGUCGCUGCGGGAACCGAGAGGGCUCAGCAAAAGGUCUCGGAGAAUGUCCCCGAAGAGGCAAAGGGCCGUACUCGUGAAUACAGAGACAGGACCAAAAGCUACUUGUCAGAAAAGGUGCCUCAGGAGCGCCGAGAGCAAACCAUUUGGCGCUUGAAGAAGAUGGUCAUCGAAAUUCAGGGCCAUUCGGAUUACCAACAGGCGAUCCGAACCCUUUUGUCUAUGGCUGAAAAGUAUGGCGGCCAUACACGGAAUUUGUCUCAACAGGGUGCUGGCUCAGUUCAGGGCUUCAGAAGUGGAGAUAAGAUUCAGAGGAUGGAGACCAAUCUACGAACCUUGCUCGAGCGCUUCGCUAACAACACAUCCCUGGAUAACCUAUUUGACUCGCUAGACAAUAUCUAUCGGGAUGCGGACAGGGAUCCCGAGCUCAAGGGCUGGUUCAAAAACAUGGACACAUUCAUUAGAAAAACCCUGACAGAGCAAGGCUAUAUCAUGGACGAUGAUUGCACUCGCCAGUGGGAGCAAUUGACGGAUCAUGGUCGUUACCUGUUGCGUGACCGUUACAGAGACCAUACCGAUCGCAUUCUCGAUGAGAUGAAGUUCAUUGGCGACCAGUUCAAUAAAGACCCUCAAAACAAGGCCUUCGGAGACUCGGUGCAGAAGCUCUUCGAUGACCUUGGCCGCGACACGAGCGGUAAUGUUGCUUUCAAAAAGCAUCUCCUCAGAGACAUUAGAGAUGUUAUUCUGCCAGCAAUCCUUGAGGAUGUUCGAUAUGUCCCUGUUCCACGCAUCGAAGUGUCCGAUCCCUCAGCCGAUGUGGUCGUGGAAAACCUUGUCAUCGAAAGUGACAACCUAAUGCCCAACAUUGUGGAAUUUGGCAGCGACAACUACUUCCGAUGGGGACGCAAGAAGAUCAGCAACAAGAGAGAUAACAAGAUCAUGAUUUCGGUCUCUGGUAUCCAAGCUGACCUCAGAGAUGUGAGUUACUAUGUCAACAGAAAACAGGGAUUCCCUGCUAUCACAGACACUGGAGUCAUGGACAUCUUCCUGGGUGGUGAAGGCUUCGGGUUCAAAAUCGCAGCCUCUACCGCUCAAAAGGAAGAUCGGCAGAACUACAUCAAGGUAGACAAGGUGACCGUAAAGAUUGAUUCCUUCAACAUCAAGUUGAAACAAUCAAAGCACAAGACACUUUUCACCAUUUUCAAGCCAUUGUUGUUCCGUGUUGUCCGCCCAACCCUACAAAAGGUACUCGAGAAGCAGAUUCGGGAUGCUUUCGCCAAGGGAGACGCCUUUGCAUACGACAUCCACAGUGAGGCGAAGAAGGCACAAGAAGCUAGUAGUCAGGAUCCGGCAAACGCGCCAAACAUCUAUUCACGCUACCUGGAUGCCUUCCGUGCUCGAAACGAGGAUAAGAAACGGAAGGCGCAGGACAUUGCCCAGCGUGACACCAAGGUGCAGACGGCUACUACCCUCCAUGAGUCUCUUUUCCCGGAGAUCAAGCUCCCUGGUGGCAUCACCAGCAAGGCCACCGAGUACAAGGAGCUUGCGAUGAAGGGAGAACGCUGGGAAUCUCCCAUAUUCAGCAUCGGGAGCGCCUCGGAGUCCACCGAUAUCCCCAAGGCAGGCGAUAUUUCUCGCAAGCGAAGUUCACCCGCUGAGAAAGGCGGGGUUAACAGAGCAACACAAGAUGGAGUGACCAACGGCGGUGGUGUCACAAACGGUAGACACACCAAUGGAGGAGCGACCAACGGUACCACAGCUGUCACUGGAGCUCCAACAGUGACGAACGGACACGCAACAACCCUGGAUGGUCGAGCAACGAAUGGCAGACAUGCUGUUGCCGAGUCCAACGGACAUACCAAGGCAUAUGACCACGCAGCAGCAUCCCAGAAGUUCUCUGAUGAAGUCAGUCAAGCGUUUAGCAACGGAAAUGCCGGUGGUGGUGCUCGCACCACGGUCCCAGGGGCCGAAACCGCCUUCAAUCCCCAGACUGCAUAGGUUUGUGGCAGGUAAAACCAGUUGAGCAGAUGGUCAAACUAUUCACACCUUCCUUAUUCUUGUAUAAGAUACUCAACUAUCUCUUUUGUUAUUCGUCUGUCAUCUUGCCUGUAUUGUUUUCUUGAUACCUUGUUUAUGACCUUGUCGAUUUCAAUUAUCUUACCCUAAUCCUGUCAUUAGUAUGAGUGCACUAGUAGGUAAUGAUUAAUUUUUUCAUGUUGAUAUCCUUUGCUACACAAGCCUGGCUUUUGUAAGGACAACAGGCGCAGCCCUUGACAUCGCAUCCAGAAGAAAUCGGUCCCAGAAAACAUAUGGCCAGAUCAUUACCCCUUGUAUCGCUUCUAUACUCUAUGUAACUUCAACAAUUUGUCCCAUUCAUUCAUAACAUCCAUUACAUUUGCUCAAAGUACUUUUCCCAGCCGAG